CUUGCCUUCAGAGGGCGCUAGUCAAUAAUUGAAUUGCUGUAGGUUGCAAUUUGAAAGUAAGGUUAUAUACAAUCAAAGUUAAUCUAUUAAAUUAUAUCUACCUUUAUCAAAUUAAAGGCAAGGUUCUAUAAAGUUUAAUUUAAGUAUGGCUAAUUCUGGAGCCUCUAUUAGGCAACAGUUAACAACCUUGAAUAAUGCUGGUGGUUCCCAUAAAGACCAAGCUGAAAAGUACAGAUUGAUUUUAGACAACAUUUUAGCCAUAGGUCAUGAAAAUAUUACUGAACCUCUGAAGAUCUUCAUUGAAGCCAUUGUUAAUGAAAAUGUUAGCCUCGUCAUAUCCAGGCAGAUUUUGACUGAUAUAAGUAACCAGUUGACUGUCCUACCUGAUGAUAUCUCUAAAUCCAUAUCACAUUUUAUUUUAGACAAGGUUCAACCAAGAGUUAUUUCAUUUGAAGAACAAGUGGCUUGUAUCCGGCAACAUCUUGCUCUUAUAUAUGAAAGGGAGCAAAAUUGGAAAGAUGCAGCAAAUGUUCUUGUUGGCAUCCCAUUGGAAACAGGACAAAAACAAUACUCUGUGGACUACAAGCUUGAAACAUAUAUGAAAAUUGCAAGGCUGUAUUUAGAAGAUGAUGAUCCUGUUCAAGCAGAAGCUUAUAUUAACAGAGCAUCUUUAUUGCAGGCUGAAUCUAAAGACGAACAGUUGCAAAUUUAUUACAAAGUGUGUUAUGCUCGUGUACUUGAUUAUAGAAGAAAAUUUAUUGAAGCAGCCCAACGCUAUAAUGAACUUUCAUAUAGAAGUAUUAUACAUGAAGAUGAACGUAUGACUGCUUUAAGGAAUGCACUUAUUUGCACAAUUCUCGCUUCUGCGGGUCAACAAAGGAGCAGGAUGUUGGCCACUCUCUUUAAAGAUGAAAGAUGUCAGCAACUUCCUGCUUAUAACAUAUUAGAAAAAAUGUACCUCGACAGAAUCAUUCGUAGGUCAGAACUUGAAGAGUUUGGUUCUCUUCUUCAGCCACAUCAAGGAGCUCAAACCCACGAUGGUUCGACUAUAUUGGACAGAGCUGUGAUAGAACAUAAUUUAUUAAGUGCUAGCAAAUUAUAUAACAAUAUAACAUUUGAAGAACUCGGUGCCCUCUUGGAAAUUGCCCCAGCCAAAGCUGAAAAAAUUGCUAGUCAGAUGAUAACCGAAGGAAGAAUGAAUGGUUAUAUUGAUCAGAUCGACUCUAUUGUACAUUUCGAAACUCGUGAAAUACUGCCUGCUUGGGAUAAACAAAUCCAAUCUUUAUGUUACCAAGUGAACCACAUCAUAGAAAAAAUAUCUAAUACACACCCUGCCUGGAUCCAAAAAGCUAUGGAUGAACAAAUGGUAAAAUUUUAAAGAACAAGGAAAUAAGCAUAAGAAACAUUACAAAAUAAUGUGCAAUAUGAUUUAUUUAAAUCUUCAGCACAGCACAGUAAAUAAAAAUAAAAAUGAUGGCAUAAUAGUUUAUAUUUUAAAAAUUGAUAUUAUGCAAUUCAGUGAAUUAAUAAUUAAUAAAUUAUAACUAGUGAUUUCAAAUUUAGUGUAUUCCAUACAUCACAUCAAUUGACUUUCUAAAAAUAUUUUAAUAUCUUAAGACUUUUAAGGCUAAAUAUAUAAGUAGCUUUGAUGACAAACAACAAUUUAAAAAAAAAAAAAAAAUUGACAAUUACAUACAAACAUACAUGUACAUGACAUACAUGGGGGAGGGGAGGGAGGUACGCAGAAAGAAACUAACCCUAGGGAACUAGAAAUUCACUUUCUGAGUUCAAUGAGAUACUACACGUAUUUAUAUUGUUCCGAAAUAAUGAACUUUAUUUUUAGGCCUCCAGCUCAAGGCAUAAACCGAUCUUAUGACCUCCCUCGUUGAAGUUCUUUCCAUCAAGCUGAGCAGAAAGUGAGAGAGUUACACCUGAAAUAGAGA